UCUGGCCCCUCCCCUCUCUGCCCUCCCCAAAGUUGCGGUCUCCCCGGGGGCCCGACAGUCUUAUGAUCCAGCGGAUCCUCCUGGGGAAGCCGGGCUGGGGAGAGGGCGCGGGCGCGGAGCGGCUGGGGCAGCAGGCGGGCGCGGCGACCGGGACUCGGGCGGGGAUCCGAGCAGUGACCGAGGCGGCGGCUGCGCCCCAGGCCCGCCGCCCCCUCCCCUUGGGCGGGGGGAGCCGCUGCAUGGGGCAGGGGGGACGGCCCUGCAGCGCGGAGCGGCGGCGGCGGACCCCCCAGGCGGGCUGGGGUUGAGCCCGGUACCGGGGAGGGGGCUCCGGGGGGACCAUGCCCGGAGGCCGGCCGGCCGCAGCAUGGCUCACGGGCCGGGCGCGCUGAUGCUCAAGUGUGUGGUGGUCGGCGACGGGGCGGUGGGCAAGACGUGCCUACUCAUGAGCUAUGCCAACGACGCCUUCCCAGAGGAGUACGUGCCCACCGUCUUCGACCACUACGCAGUCAGCGUCACCGUAGGGGGCAAGCAGUACCUCCUGGGACUCUAUGACACGGCUGGACAGGAAGACUAUGAUCGCCUGAGGCCUCUGUCCUACCCGAUGACUGAUGUCUUCCUUAUAUGCUUCUCCGUGGUAAAUCCAGCCUCAUUUCAGAAUGUGAAAGAGGAGUGGGUACCAGAGCUGAAGGAGUAUGCACCAAAUGUACCCUUUUUAUUAAUAGGAACGCAGAUUGAUCUCCGAGAUGACCCCAAAACUUUAGCAAGACUGAAUGAUAUGAAAGAAAAGCCUGUAUGUGUGGAACAAGGACAGAAACUAGCAAAAGAGAUAGGAGCGUGCUGCUAUGUGGAAUGUUCAGCUUUAACCCAGAAGGGAUUGAAGACUGUUUUUGAUGAGGCUAUCAUAGCCAUUUUAACUCCAAAGAAACACACAGUAAAAAAAAGAAUAGGAUCAAGAUGUAUAAACUGUUGUUUGAUUACGUGAGAAACAUCUUCAGUGGCUGAGGAAACUGUCCAUUUCUAAGAAAGCAUCUGAAAUGCUACAGCUAUCCCUAGACCUCUCAUAAAUACUGAAGCAGUUCAAAACAUGGAAGGAAAAAAAACAACCCUGUCCUCAGAAUUCUAUCGAGUUCAUUGAGAAUGUUUCUUAAAGGUCCAAGAAGCAGCAAACAGCAUCUGAAGUCACAAUCUAUUAUAAAUACUUUAUUUCAGUUAGAAGGUACAAUCUCUCAGGGGUUUCAUAGUUUAAAAAGCUACAAUCACAUCAUGUAACUACAUAAAAAACAGUGCUAUAGAUGGAACUGCCUGGCUUAGACCAUACACAUUUCUGCACAGUCUUCAUGGGAUCUGCACACAAACAAACCCCCCUCCAACUUCUUCCUUUGUUCCAGUUAAUUGGUCUUGUAUGUAAGUUGCUUUCUGUUCCAGUAUAUCCAGAGUGGUGAAAUAACAAGGCCAGCCACGUAGCCAAAGGUCGCCCCCAGCGUGCAGGAGAUGGGCCAUACCUGAGGAGACAAUGUAUGAGAUCAAAAGAGAACAAAUGUUUUAUUAUUACUUGAGCACAAGUUAAGUGUAACCUAAAUAUUUCUAUAUUAAAGCUUAGUGUGCUUUCUUAAAGAAUGCCAAAAGUGUAAUAAGUUCAUAACUGCAUUUAUCAUGAACACUAAAAAUGGACACGUUUCAGUUAAUGUGCAUUCAACUGUAAUGAGGCUUCUGGCAACUGUAGAUUUAGUUUGAUGCUCCCCAAACUGCAUGAGACAUGAGAAAAUUACAAAUUAAAAUUUGGGGUCAGACUUUGCCAUAAUCUUGGACUCAGUUUAGCUCUCUGAGGUUGGUAAUUUUGUUUCUGAAUUUCCACAUUGGCCUGUGUUGCAUAUCAAAUGAGAUGAGAAGUGCAUAUGAUGAUCAAACCACAAGCAACUCUGAACUGUGGUAAAGAGAAAAGACCUAGAACUCAAGCAUGCCACAUGGGAUUUACAACAAAGCAAUUGCUUCCAUCAUAAAACUGAUGCCACCUUUCAGGUACAGUAUUGCAACCACUGCAGAAGUUACAGAACUACCGACUUAAGUCAAACACCUAGAGUGGAAGUUCAACAAAACACUGGCUUCCAGACACUGUUUUCCAGCCAAAUUGUAACGUGUUGCAAUAGUGCACAAAGCCAGAAGUAAUAAUACUGUUGAUUUAUUCCAUCCACAAGCAGUGCACGUUGCUCCCUAGGUGAAAGGCCCUGUCUUAAAACUUUUUCAUGUUCUCUGUGAAGCAUACUGGAGCCAUUUCCAAUCUUCUUCUGGGGGAACAGGCCAUAGAGCUGUGCUAGAGGUGAACCAUCUUAAUUCCUAGUUCUGUUACCUAAGCUUCCUUGGCAGUCUGCUGUGGAUCUGCCUUAUUCCAAAUGCCAUGCAACAGACAGUAACAUUAGGCAAAGUUUCUGUGUGAACAAAUCAAUGCAGUUCAGAGAGAAGCAUAAUGUAAUCCAUACAUCACCGCCCCCCCCAAGCCUUUUCUACAUUUAAACUUGCAGUUGCCUAAAUUAUGAUUUUAUGUCCUUGGUGGGCUCCUGUUCAUUUCCACGACUCGAGCUUACAGCUAUGUCUAUUGCACAGAUUGGGUAAUGAACACUAAACUUUUAUACUUGAAAAUGACAGCCUUAAAUACCCAUCAGUCACAAAUGUAGGAUGGACUGUAUUGUACGUGAGCUCUGUAGAGAUUUUUUAAAACCCAAGCGUCAUCUUCCCCAUUGAAGAGUGGAGCGUCUGCUGGAUAAACCAGUCAGGAGCUUUCUCUGAACCGGACAGUGGAAAUCUUCUUUCUCCCCCAAAAUGGCGGUUCACAUUAAGUACCAUGGCCUUAUCAUUUAUGCUCAAAUGGAAUCUUAUGUAACGUUCUCAUUUAAUUUUGGUCUGCUGUUUUUUAGAUAAAGUUGAAAGGAACUGUGUAAAUCAAUUCGUAUGUUAGCUAAGUUAUCCAACACAUGGUAUGAAGGAAUUAAGACAGUAAAGUAUUACACAUUUCCAACUUGUCUUUGGGGGUGUAUGGGAAUUUUUUUUUUUCCAAAUUCAUCACUGAAACUCUUCACACCUGCCUAGCCAGCGAAAGUUAAAAUCUAGAAUCUGUCCAAUCCGAGAGAAAUGGACUAGGAAUCUGGACACGCAGCUCGGGUGUGGCCUGUUUCACGAACGGGCCUCAGUUUCCUCAUCUACACAUAUGGGAGAGAGGUGGUCCCCAGGGUCACUCCCGUUAUCCACCUGUGAUUCUCUUCUUUUUCAUGGUGAUCGUAGCUGGACAUUAUGACCCUUUCAGCUUCACCCCCUUCAGACGGUGGGAAUCCCGUACCUAGAUUAUCAGAACGCAGAGCACAGAUGAUUGGAUCAUCUGAACCCGAGGUGCCUUAGGUGCUCUGCUCACCUUGACGGGGUCUGGGGUCCCCACUGCCCCCCGAGAGCCCUUUCACUGCUUUGGCUCUUUGGAGUUUCUUUUUGCAAAGUCCUUCCUGCCACUUUAACUGAAAACCAAAGAUUUGUUUUCUAUUCAUACGCAGAUUGUAGAAAAUUGCCUUAUUUUCAGAAAUGCAUCUUCAUUAACGGCUAAGGUCUCAACAGAAAUUCAGACUAGUCACUGGAACAACUAGUUCAAAGUAGUGAAAUAUCUGGGAAAUAAAAUACUUCAAAAAUAUCUUACCGACAUGAAUUUUGCUAGUGAGUGCAAAUAAACUGCUUCAAAUAAGGCCAUGUAUGAAUGAACUUAUAGUUAAUAUUUUUAUAUAUAUAUAUAUAUAAAGUCCUGAAAUUCUUAAAAGGAAUUGUAGAGGCUCCUUGAAAUCUUAUUUAACACUUUGCUAACUUAUGCCUUUAUUCUAUCUCUAAUGAUACAUUUUAGGUUAGCCCGUUUUGAGUUACCAUAUUUCCAGUAAGUAGAGCCUGAGUUAUGGUUUUAUUGUGAGUUAUCGUACUUAUUUUAGACAUUGCUUCCAUUUGGUUUUUAAUUAUUAAUUUUUAAGUUCCAAGUUAAAUACUGGUUUGUUGGUUGUUGCUUUUUAAGUGACUGUUACUUUAACAGUGUCCCAUCUUAACACAUGGGAUUAAAAAUAAACUACCAUG